UUGCUAGGUGACGGAGCGUACAUACUGAAUUUUAACAAAAUCACGGGAGAGGAGAGAGUGAGUGAGAGGGACAGAGAGGUAGCAGCCAGCAACAUGUAGCCUCGCCGAGUGGAGGAAAGGUCCAAACUGUGCGCGCGCCUGAUUCCUUGCCUUGUUUUUCUUUUUUCUUUUCUUUUCUGGGGGGGGCAACAUGUUUCCGUUUCAUCCCGGGGACAUUAUCCCGCAACGUUAGUAUUGAUCCGGCUGCAUGCCGCAGGAAAUGUCCAGCGGAGGGAUGGACAGAUGGAUUUUGGUGUACGGAGAGAAGAACUGGAGAGCAAAAAGAGAAGAGGAAGAAGAGGAGGAAGAGUGCGAGGCUGCUGAGAACAGGUCUCUGUUCCAUACCAGGUGAAGCACUGUAGGCUGCCAGGCCCCUGCCACCAUUACCUUCCCUCCUCCUCAAGAGGCGUCCUCCUUUACACAGAAUCCCUCCACCCCACCUGGCCUCACCUGGCAAAACCCCAUCAGACAACCACCACUGGCCUUCCCUUUACCCCAUGGUGGCCCCAAGGCCCACCCUCUCACUGCUACUGGCUAUCCUGGCCUGCACGGGGCCCGCACGCCCCUCGCCCCCCCUGCUGCUCCGGCCCCGGGAGAGAGAGAGGGACUCGGGUGGCAUCAACAUAGCCGUAGUCCACUCUGGCUCCUCCCUGCUCCCGGAGACGGCGGUGGUGGGAGGCGCGGGGGUUGGCGAGCCGGGUCUCGGGUCCGGUCUGGGAAACGGUCCGGGAGGAGGAGGCGGCGGAGGCGGAAGGGGGGUGACAGAUACAGCCUCACUUGCAGGAGUUGUGGCCAUGGCCUCUUUGUCCUCCUCAACAUACCUGUCGCUGGCAGCACUUUCCACGGAGACGGUGAUGACACCAUCAGGUCAAGCAAACGUCAUCUACCUGGCAGUGAAUGAGAGCAGUCCAGGCACAUUGCUGCUGCAGCUGUGUGAGCUGCUGGCCACUACACCUCUACAGGGUUUGGUGUUUGAGGAGGAGAGACCACCCCCGCCAAACCGUGCCCCUCUGGCCCCAAUGCUGGAGUUUGUCUCCGCUCAGACUGGAGUUCCUGUUGUUGCUGUCGGGGGAGGAGCCAGUCUAGGCCGAGAGCCACAGGAGAGCGGCUCAAUCUACCUUCAGUUCACUUGCUCUACAAUGCUCCAACUUGAGGUAAUCUUCGAAGUCCUUGAAGAAUAUGACUGGACUUCGUUUUCUGUUGUCACCACCCGUCACCAUGGCUAUGAGGACUUCCUGGCCAUGGUGGAGGGUAUGACAGAUGGCUCCUUCAUUGGCUGGGAAAGGAAGAGCGUGGUGGUUCUUAAUGUGACAGACGACCCCGGCGGGGCUCGCACCAAACGACUCCUCAAAGACAAUGAAGCCCAGGUCCGUCUGCUCUACUCCUCCCUGGAAGAGGCUGAGCUGAUUUUUCGGGCAGCCUGGGCAGCGGGUCAGGCUGGGCCGAGUCACAUGUGGUUUGUCGUUGGACCCGCCCUGUCUGGACUGGGAUUGGAGGGACUGCCAAAAGCCUUGUUUGCCAUCAGGCCUCAGGGCUGGAGGGACGAACCACGCAGACGUAUUGCCAAGGGAGUUUCAGUGCUCACUCAUGGGGCGAUGGCUCUGCGAAGGGACCAGGGGGCCAACAGUCGAGCCCAGUAUGCAGGGAACUGCCAGAGUGAUGGAAACCAGACCCACCGAGUGCCAGACAGGAUCAGGUAUUUCACCAACAUUUCCCUCAGUGGACGAGAUUAUUCCUUCAACAGUGAUGGCUACCUGUCCAAUCCCCUGAUCGAUGUCAUUUCCUACACCAAUGGUAGAGGCUGGGAGGAGGUUGGCUGGUGGGAGAAUGGACACCUGCGCCUGCGUUACCAUCCUUGGUCUCGUUACGGCUCCUUCCUGAAGCCUCUGGACGAUGCUCAGCACCUCAGAGUGGUCACCCUGGAGGAGAGGCCCUUUGUCAUCGUGGAGCCUGCUGACCCUGGAACCAGCUCGUGCAUCCGGGACUCUGUUCCCUGUCGCUUGCCUAUUAAUUCCAGUUUGGUGUUGGACGGAGCUGCACCCAUGAAGCACUGCUGUAAAGGGUUUUGCAUUGAUGUUCUAAAGCGCUUGGCUAAGAUUGUAGGCUUUACCUAUGAUCUUUACCUAGUGACAAAUGGCAGACAUGGGAAAAACAUUGAUGGGGAGUGGAACGGCAUGGUUGGAGAGGUUGUAUCCAACAGGGCUGACAUGGCCAUAGGUUCCCUCACCAUUAAUGAGGAGAGGUCAGAGGUCGUGGAGUUCUCUGUUCCUUUUGUGGAAACCGGCAUCAGUGUCAUGGUUUCUCGCAGUAACGGCACCGUGUCCCCUUCUGCUUUUCUUGAGCCCUACAGCCCGGCGGUGUGGGUGAUGAUGUUUGUGAUGUGCCUGUCAGUGGUGGCUGUCACCGUCUUCAUCUUUGAGUUCUUCAGCCCCGUGGGAUACAACCGUAGCCUGCAGAGCGCCAAGAAAACUGGGGGAUCCAAGUUCACCAUUGGCAAAUCUGUUUGGCUGCUCUGGGCGCUGGUUUUUAACAACUCUGUUCCUGUAGAAAAUCCCAGAGGAACAACCAGCAAGAUCAUGGUGCUGGUUUGGGCCUUCUUUGCUGUCAUUUUCUUGGCCUCCUACACUGCCAACCUGGCUGCCUUCAUGAUCCAGGAGGAGUACAUUGACACGGUGUCAGGGCUGUCUGAUAAGAAGUUUCAGCAUCCGACAGAGCAGUACCCACCACUGCGCUUUGGUACAGUGCCGAAUGGGAGCACUGAGGAGAACAUACGCUCCAACUAUCCCAACAUGCACCAGUAUAUGAUCCGCAACAACCAGAAAGGUGUGGAGGAGGCCAUUGACAACCUAAAGUCAGGAAAACUAGAUGCCUUUAUUUAUGAUGCUGCUGUGCUGAACUAUAUGGCCAGGAAGGAUGAGGGCUGCAAGGUGAUGACCAUUGGGUCUGGGAAAGUGUUUGCCACCACAGGCUACGGCAUCGCCCUGCACAAGAAUUCUCGCUGGAAACGACCAUUGGACCUGGCUCUGCUGCAAUUAGUUGGAGAUGAUGAGAUUGAUAUGCUGGAGCGCCUUUGGCUGUCUGGAAUUUGCCACAAUGAUAAAAUUGAGGUGAUGAGCAGUAAGCUGGAUAUUGACAACAUGGCAGGGGUAUUCUACAUGCUGCUGGUGGCCAUGGGUCUCAGUCUCCUGGUGUUUGCCUGGGAGCAUCUGGUGUACUGGAAACUAAGGCAUUGUGUCAAAAGGUCUGGAGGGAUGGACUUUCUCCUGGCUCUUAGCAGGGGGAUGUACAGUUGCUGCCAGUUUGAGGAUGAGACAGCACCGGGAGGGAGCAAAAGCUCUUUGCCUCAGUACCACUCUGUUACUACUAUCCCCAGUGUCCCCCAACAACACCUUGUUACAGCCACAGUGAACAACACAACCGCUAUCGCCAUGGUGCAACAGCAACAACAGCAGAAGCACCACCAGCAGCAGCAAGGGCAGACCUAUACCACUAUGUUGCCUGGAUCACCAGCAGCUACAGGACAUUCAGCAAUGGCUCUGGGUCCUUCCAAUAGCCCUUUAUUGGAAGGACCCAUGCCUUGCUCCACCUUCCUGCCUCGUCAUGACCGCAGAUUGGCUGUGGUUGAUCGCUGGAACAGGCCAAAGCCAGAAAAAAUCAUGAGCGGAAGCAGCAGUGGAGGAGUGGGUGUUGGUGGAAUUGCAGGUGGCAUCACUGAACUGCAAGCACAGCAGCAGUAUCAACAGAAUCUUGGAACACAUUGGAGCCUCCAGGUAGGGGUUCCUGGUGGAGGUGACACAGGGCUAGAUGAAUAUAAGCGCUACUAUGGUCCAAUAGACCCAGAGGGGCUAGGGGCUAACUUGGACCAACAAGUAGGAGGUCCUCAACAGACUACCAAAGCCAAUUCUCGAGGUUUUAAAGCCCCGGGGAUGCCACGGCUGCCUCCAAAAGGCUCUCAACAAGGACACCCAAUCCCCAAGCCUCCUCCUCCACUCCCAUCUUCUCCACGAAGGCCUCCCUUUUGGCGAAGAGGAAGCCUUGCUCAGGCAAGGAGAAAAGGCUCAGGAGGUCCACUUUAUGAGAAUAUACUCCCUCUAGGGAGACGAGGAGGUGGAAGAUAUGGGGCAGGUGAUGGAGUUGGCAGGCGAGGACGCCGACCUCCUCCACCUCCUCCACUUCCUGUGCCCCUCUCCUCCCCUACACAUACCCCUACUACUCCGUCGUCUCCAUGCCGUUUCUACUCAUCUUGCACCAGUGCCUCGUCUUCUUCCUCUUCGUCGUCUUCAUCCUCAUCAUCUUCUUCAUCCUCUGGAUCACUUUCUCGAUCAAAUUCCCCCUCAUCAUGUUCCAGUGACAGCUCCUACAACUCCUCACUCAGUUUCCGGUACCGAGCAGGAGAUCAUGAUUUUAUGGUGGAUGAUGAUUAUGACUCAGAUCUUCUUACUGAGGAAUCAAGCCUUCUUCUUGGGUCACGGAAGAAAGUUCGUUCCCGGAGGAUGUCAUCACGCUCACUACCAUGUAGUCCACCACCUCCUCCAGUCCCUCCCCGAAAACCACAUCCACAGAGAAAUUUUGGAAGAGAGAGAACCAGCAGUCAACUGGCGCAAUUGCAGGAGUGGUGGGCAUCAUGGAGUGACAGAGAAAGAGCGAGAGGAGGGACAUCAAACAAAGAUGGAGCAGUGAGUAGAGAUGAGAAAAGACACCACAAAGAGAGAGAGCGGGAGAGAAAAAGGAGAAAGAAAGGACGAAAAAAGAAAAAGCGAGAGGAAAGAGAGAGAGAAAGGGAGCGUAAGCGCCGCAAAGCAAAGAAGAAAAGGAAGAAAGAGGAUAAGACGAAAAAAAGAGAGCGAAAGAGGGCAGAUCAAGAAGUUGGAGAUCCAGAAAAACGAGAGGAAGUCAAAUCAGCAACACCAGACUUCCCAGCUUACCCACCUUUGAGACGGGAAUCAUUUCGGAAAAAGAGUGAAAGCUCUAUCAGAAGCUAUGGAUGGAACAUCCCUGGCGAAGAUGAAAGGAAGGAUAGACAUGAGAAAGAGAGAGAUGAUGGAGAAGAGAAUAGAGGAAAAGACAGACAACACAGGAGAAGAAACAGCAAGAAUCUUCAUAGCUCUAGUAAGGCUUCUACAUCUGUCAAGUUCUGGCAAGGAGGUAAUCUAUCUUCUGAUGCCAUACCAUCUGCCUUUCUGCCCUUGUUACCGGUAUCUUCUAAAAGAAGGAAAAGCAAAAGCUCAGACAGAGAUGCUGUGGGCAUGGAGGGAGAGAGGAGGCCACUGCUAGGAAGGAACGAAAGAGGUGAAAUGCAUUCUAAGGAAGGAUUGUCUUUCCAUGAGUGGGAAUCUGAAGUAGAGGAUGAGGAGGAAGAUUCUGAGUCAGACAGGAGGAAAGUAGAACGUGGAAAAAGGCAUAGAGGAGGUAGGACAAUAUCUGAAGAGGAGCGGGAACGUGAUAAGGUAGUUGGGAUAUACUCUGAUGACGAUGGGUCUUCAGGAGAAUUUGGGAAGUUUGAGAGGUACUGGGAGGAUCAUGAAGGUAGGGCAGUGGGAGGAAUUGGAGGAGGGGGUUGGUUUUUUAGCACAUAUCCCUCUAGGGAUAAAGCAGGCAGUGUCAACAGCAGAGAUGACCUCUUCCAAGAGCGAGGAGAAAGAUGGGGAACAGCAGAGAGUGGGUGGGGAUCUAGUGCAGGUGGAGGUGGUAGAGGAGAGAGAGGCUGGGGAUCAGGUUCACACUGGCCUCCACCUCCUCUCACCCCACCACCACCCCGUCGAUACUGGUCAGUAGACAAGCUUCACAUACAGGAUGAGAAGAAAAGUAAGCGCAAGUCCAAGGACAAAAGUAGGGGGCACACUGCUUGCUCCUCCUGUCAUUCACCACGACACCAUCCACAUUCCUCUAAAUGGGCUCGUGUGACUUCACGAAGCCAGGAAGAGCUGUACCACCACUGCCAGAGUUUUGGUGGUCCCCUGAAACCAAAACACGACUCCUCAUUAUCAUCUAAACCUGAUCGAUCACAUAAUCUUUCUAAAUCUGGUAGCCAGUCAAACUUAAACAUCCAGCAAAGGACACAGAGAACAGAAAAGGAUCGAGAUCGAGGAAGACAACCAUCCCCACCUUCGUCUCUUGUAUCAAACUUGCCAUCACAGCUCCCAGCCCUUCCAGCUCCUCCGUCCUCAUCUCACUCAAUUCAUGCUCCUCUCCCUACCUCUUCCUCAUCUGUUUCCUCUCCCUCAGUGGUUUCAUCUGCACCAGGAGCAAUCCAGGCCUCUUCAAUGGCUUCGGCAAGUGCCAAACUGCAGUACCAGAGACUGCGCUCUGUACCCCAGAGAUUUCCUCAGUCUCCUCACUUACCCCUAAAAGCCAAGAGCCUUUGCUCACGAAGGGACUCGGCUCAUUUCUCCAGUGUGGAGAGUGAAGUGUGAAUUUAAGCAAGAAAACAAAAGCUCUACUAAUGUCCUGCAAAGUUGACAUAAAAAAGAGGAAGUGCAAAUAUGGUUGUGUAGCUUAGUCAGUUCAGCUCUGAGCCCAUUCAUUCCUUAAUGUUCUGCACAAAUGAACAAACAAACAAACCAGAAAGCCAAACAGAGUCAGUGGAGUAGGUCAAGAGAACACAGGACCAUUUUUUUCUUACCGAUGCCUCGUUAAUAUUCUCUCAUCCUGUGAAAGACAACAACUGCAUUGACUCUCUGAAUAAUGCUUAACAUUAGAGUAAUCUGAUAUGAAAAGCAUCACUAAUACAGAAGGCAUAUUUGCUGUUAUAAGUAAAGGAUUUUGAAAAGGUAAAGCAGUGAAGUUGUCAGUGCAUUCAGAGAAAUCUCAAUACUUUCUGAGGGCUCAGAAACUUUAUAGUACUGUAUGCCCGCUGCUCUCAGAAGCCUUUAACACUGAACACUGUUCUGAUUUUUUCCUUUUAAACAAAUUGCUUACCUUGAUUUUCUUUUUCCCCAAACAAACUGUUUACACUCCCGCAGAACUGUGACAGCCACCUAAAGUAUCUUUGUUGCGUGAUCAAUGCCUUCUUGUCAAGAGGGACAGGAGGAUGGUUACUACCUGUUAUUUUUCUUUUUCUUUGCUUUCUUUUUCCUCCAACUUUAUUACCUCGUCCCCCCCUCCCUCUGCCCCCGCUCCUUUUUUUCAUUUUCUGUUUCUUCUUUUUUACUUUCUUUCUGUGUUCUUCACAUACCAGUCUUUUUUCAGCUCUCUCGCCAGCUCCUCUCCUGUUCUCUCCUCUUGCCUCUUCUCUUUGAUGUGAUUAUUCUGUGUGUCUGUGCUUUUCUGUGUUUGUAUUCUUGACAACAGGGUAAGUCAGCUGUGACUGAUAUUCUUCUGGCUUAAUGAAAAGCUGAGUGCCAAACUUAAGUAGAGCUCAACAUCAACAUGUAUAAUGUUUCCAGCUGUGUUUCCUUUUAUCUCGCAGAAUAUUACAUCACCUCCAAUACUGUAUGUGCUCACACUAAUGCAAACAAACACACACUCAUGCACGUGCAUAUACACGCACCCACACAACCCCAAAAAUGCUCCAAUACAUGUAAGAACACAUGCAAAUUACCAAGUCAAGUCAUCUACUCUUCUUCUUGAGCAAUUCAUUAUACCAUAUUUGUUCUUGUUAAAGCUUUAUACUUAAAUACCAUUUCUUUACUUCUGUGUCAUAGUUGUUGUUGCUAUUGAUGGUGUUUUAAAUGUCAAGACAUGUAUUAAGUCUAAUACAAUGUAAUCACUGUGCCAUGCUACUCUAGCUUGGGUACACAUAAAAUGUUCUCACAACUACCUAACUACAAAACCGGAGGCAGUUUCUGUUCCCUGCCUGUUUUUCGACUGAAUGUAAGGUCAGCCGCCGACAUGUGUGCUGCACCAUUUACUGUAAGACACUUGAAGAUGGAACUUGUAGCACUUCAGAGGGUCUACAUGCAUGGUAAAGAAAUAGAUAGAACGUUGAUGUGGGUCAUUGUUGACAAAGCGGGGUGAGCAACAAUAUGUGAAUCUUGUGGAGUUCUGAAGAAUUGGAGCUGCCAUUGAUUGGAAUGGAAUUGUCUUUUUUUUUUCUUGUUAAUUUGUUUUCUAUUUUUUGUUGGCUUUAUUUUAUUCUUCAAGUUAGUGCCAAGGCUCGAGAACAAAAAAAAUAUAUUUUAAAAAGCUUAUGAAACCACUUUUGCUUGCCAUCAACCAAAAGACAUGUAGUUAAGCAGCUUGUUGGUGAUUUACAAAUUGUUUGACUUUCUAGCCUUAUGCUAAUUGCUCCUGUUAAGUAUGAGUAAGAAGGUAUGUCAAUGUAUUAUCAGAAAGUUAUUUACCUAUGAAUACAUUUAGUGCCAGAGCCGUUUUGAUGUCACAGGGAAGAUGCUUGUGAUGUGAUAAGUGUUGGAGCUAAAUGAGAGUAUAUGGAAGACACAAUGGAAUAUAUUGUGAUAUUUUGUUAAAAAUAUUAAAAAGCAUUUCUCAUCUUGUAAAUGUGUGAUCAUAAGACAUAGCUUUUUAUCCAUGGCAUGGCUGACGCAGUUACAACAAAUUUUAGAUUCACUUUAUUUAAAAUUAGGUUAAGAGGUUUCUUAAACUGGAGGCUGGGCAUCAGUGAAGAGGUAGGAAAAGGACGAAGGUUUUAUCAGUUGCUGAAAUGUCCUGAGCCAUCUUUCCUUAAAAUUCUGGUCAGCUCAUGUUGAUCGCCCUGGAACUGCAUCUGAGCCAUAAUUUAAUUUAACUGAAGAAAACAAAGCAAAGACUAGCUUUUUAAUAUAGAUUUUGUCAUAUAGAGUUUGUCUUAUUUUAACUGAGAUAAAAUUAUUUAUAUUUCAUAUAUGUAAAUAUAACUACCAUCAUAAAAAAAUGUAAGAUAUUAAAAAAUAUAUAUCUGUUUAAAUAACAAUAAAAUGUCUCAAAUUAAACCAUACUAAGCAGAUACAGUAGAAUGAAAUUCACACAUGUAAAAACAGUGAGCCAUCUUUGCUUUGCAUAUUACAAUCAACAGCCUUUGGAUAAACUAAGCAAACAUGGGGGGGCAUUCCUCUAUGCAUUCACAAACUAAGCAACCUAAAUUUGAGUCCAAACGGUUUGACUUGAUGUGUGUGAAGGCUGUCGCAAAAAACUUUAAUGUUAGUCAGCAUUAUAGAUAUGUAAUUAUACAGAAGGUCAGUUGCACAACAGCUAGUAGCGGUCUGAACGUAAAGCUUGAGUGUUUGUUAAAAAAAAGACCAUCGAUCUUUCCCUUUUCUACUUCUCUUUUUUCCCUUAUGUCUAUCCAUUGUGCUGGUAUCUGUCUGCAAUUGUAAAGCUGGUAUGUUUUUUUUGUUUGUUUUAAACGUAUCUACUGAUAUAUUUAUUUAAUCAAGAAAAAGCCCAUUUCUCUCUAUGUAUAUAAUAGUAUAUUUCAAAACUCUAUUAUCUGUUAUAUAAGUUUGUCUACUAAAUUCAUGGUAUUAUCUUGAAAAUGUCUUUUUUGUCUGUGUCUCUCCUUGUCUCAGACCGACUGCCCAGCUCCCUCACCCCCAGUGAAAACAGAGACCAGUAUGUAACUGUGUUUUUGCUCACCUAAGACCAACCAUCUGCCUACAUUAGCUAUUUCCUAUAGCUAGUGCAAAGAGCUGAACGUAUAGUGACAACAAGGAGGGGAGCAUGAGUGUCUUAAGACCACGUCACUGUAGCAGUGAUGGUGUGUGUUUGUCUACCCAGAGGGGCCUUCAUUUUUUGGCUUGGGCAACAGAUAGAAAGCUAACUAAAUAUUUUAAUGAUGCAGGAGCUUUUACCACAAUUUUCAUAUGUGAACGGGUCCUAUUCUAGACCCUCGGUUUUAGUUCAUUGCAUUUGUGAUCUCUCUUAAAUACAAUGUAGUGAGCAGCACAAAUCUUACUUUGUUACUUCUUACUAAACAUGCAUUGCAUAUCUGUCAAGCUGCUGUGCUGAACAACAAAAAAUACAAACAAAAAUUGUAUAUUUCUUAAGCAAACUGUAUUUUCUGAAUACAGAACUGAUAUGUCUGAUUUCGACACCUGUGAGAAGAGCUAAAUCUCCUAUUUAUUACCACUUUGGCUAAAAGGGGCUGAUCAAAGGCUUUCAUGAACACAGGUGCAUCAAAAAAAAAAAUGUAUAUUAUGAAAAAGGUGAAUAUUUUCUGCCACUCAUUUCAGAAAGUGAAACUCGUACAACUUCAUUACACAUAGAGUAGAAGAUUUAUUUCUUGUAAUUUAAAUGAGUAUGACUUACAGAUGAUAAAAAUCCCAAAUUUAGUGUCAAUGAAAUGUCAGGUUUCUGAAAGUGUGUAUUCAUUUCUAUGCAUUCAAUAGUUUUCUGGGGCUUGUUUUGCAUGAACAAAUGCAUUAGCCUGUUUCAUUGUUGAGAUGUAUUGGAAGCCCAGGUUUCUUUGAUGGUGCCCUUAAGAUCUUUUGUUUUGUUUUGUUCAGGUCAGAUUGUGGGCCAAUCCAGCCCUGUAACACUGUGGUGUCUUUGACAGUACACACAUGUGCCAAGUCCUGGUGGAAAUUGAAAUCAGACUCUAUGAAUCUUGAGAUCAGAAGUGCUUUAAAAUGCCCCAUUAGAUGGCUGCAGGCUUCAGAUAAUACAGUGGAUCAACAUCAACAGGUGACAUGAAAUAUGGAUUCUCCACUCAUCCUCCACACUCCAAUUUCCAAAGAAACAAAAAUAGUAUGUCAUCUGAAAAAAGGACAGGGGAGCAGCAGUCCAGUUCUUGUUCUUCUUCAUCAAGGUGAAAUACUUCUGAGACCUGUGUUUCAGGAGGUGCAUGACACAAGAAAUACAUUGUUUUCAUACCUUGCAAGAGACUGUGCAUAGUGCCGCAUUUGUGCUGGAUAUAGCCUCAGUCUGCUCUUUGUGCAGCUCACCUAAAUUCUUGAAAACAUUUUGCCUGAUUAUCCUCUCAAGAAUGUGGUGCACCACUUUGCACAUUAUUGAGAGGAUAAUCUCAAGAUUGGAAGGUUGUCCUUCCAUUCAACCUUGCUUGGAAAUAGGACUCUGAAAAAACAGCUUCCUUAGCAAUGACCUUGUAUGAUUUACCCCCUUGUGGAGAGUGUUAAUGGGUGUUUUCUGCACAUUUACUGAGUCCAACAUUCUUCCCCUUUUUUGUAGCCUACUGACCCUACUGAACCAUUUCGAGGUUCUGAGUUAAUUAGCAGAGGUAAAACUGAAUUUCUAAUAUUUACCUUUUUGGCAAUACUCAAAUAAUCUUAGACACUGAAUUUUGGGUUUUCUUUAAAUGCAAGCCAUAAUCAUCAAAAUGAUCAUAAUAAAAACCUAAUACAUUUUACUCUGUUAUUGAUCAUUGUAACAUGUUUCACUUUCUGAAAAGUGAUUUUUUUUUACUUACCUGUACACUGGUUCAAUAAUGUUUUGCUUUAUAUCUAGUGAUAUAAACAAUAUAAUAUCCCAUGAUGCCAAGAACAAUUUGGCACCUAUUACUGUCUUUUACAUGUUAUAUAUCACAUCAUCAUCAGCAUUGUUGGCCUGCUUAUGACUUUUUACGCCAUUGAUUACUACUUUUGUGCCAUGAUGCCAUUUACAAUUAUUCUUUCUUCCCUUUUUAAAGUACUGAAGGCAGUAUUUAGUUUAUUAAAAUCUAAACACAUCCCCGAAACUUCAACAAAUUUAACAUGUAGGAGCAGUAAAAAUGUAUAUCUCUCAUCGGUUGCAAAGAAAAUCACAAAAAAAAAAGAUUACAUUUCUGACACACCUUUUAAAUUACAGCAAUUUUAGAGCAGAUACAUUUGUAUAAAUCUGCAGGGCGGGCUAAAAUAUUCUUCAAUGUAUGCCUUAAACUCAACAGUAAAUAGGCCAUUUUGGAUCUAAGCUGCCAUUUUCAAGGUUUUACACAUGUGGUACUUUGACAAAUGCCUCCUGGGGACUUUCACAUAUCAGCUUUAAAUUUGCUUCAGUACAUUCCUAUGACAUCUUUUUCUUGGACUGAAUAAAAUCUAACACGCCCAACUUCAUGUUAAAUGUGAAGUCCAAGAAAAAAUUAUUUCCUAUACAUUGUCAAUGACAAGCCCUACUUUCAUAACUCUACAUAUUGGUGACGGUAUAUGCAAUUCUAAAUUACGGAAAUUGAUUCGGAAUUGCUGACAAUACAUUUGUGGAUGCAGACUUAAAUUUUUACUUUUAACAAAGUUAGAAUUUUUUUAAUUCCCUAUUUCUCUUUUUCCAUUACAGUUGCCAUUUUACAGAAUACAUGUUUGAGAAGAGUAACUGAAGAUAUGAUAAAUGUCAAGUUUAAAAUUGUGUUUAGGAUUAUGUGAAACUAAGUUUCAGCCUGCACUGGAAGCACAUCUUCAAUUUUUGCAGAUGUGCUUAUGAUCUGAACAAUGUCUUAUGGUGUUGUAUUACUACUGCUGUAAUGACUGACUGUAUGGGGAAACUGGCUGUUCUGUGUUUUGUGCCAGCACAUCACACAGGCAGGCAAGCAAACAUGAUAAAUUCACAUUAGAAUCACACAUUCAUUCACAGGUGUGGUAAAAUGCUGCCACCACUCUGCUUUAUCCACAUAUUCCAAACAAUGGGGACAAUGACAACAUUGUGCUGUAAUGCAAGUGGGACAAAAAUAAAAAAGAUGAUUUUAAUAAAAACA